AUGAACUAUUCACCGGUGAUAGUUUUGGCACUUAGUUUGAUACUUAGUUGUCAAUGUCAACGACAAUAUCAACAACAAAGUCCGGAGUAUUCUCAAGAAAAUGCAUACAACCUCCAAAAUACUCCUCCUCCACCUCAAAUAUUAUCCCAUAAACAAGCUCUUAACCAUGACGGAAACUUCAAAUAUGUAUUUACGUCAGAUAAUGGAUUAGCCCAAGGUGAAAGCAUAUCUCCAGAUGGAUCCAGAAACGGAGGAUAUAGUUAUAUUGAUCCAAAUGGGAAAAAGAUAUCGGUAAAAUACACAGCGGGCAAAGAAGGAUUCCGUAUAUUAGAAGCUGACCAUUUACCAAAAGCCCCACAACCUAUAGCACCUUUACCAAUUCAACAGCCUGCGUAUCAACCUCAAUACAGUGUAAAUCAACCAGAAGAUGAUGGUCAAUACAGACCUGAAGUUUACGAACGACCUCAACAAGAGAUUCACUCAGCUCCAUAUACCAGAUCAUCGUAUCCGGUUCCAUUAUCAGCUAAAUCGGCCCCAAGUUCUGAUGCGUUGCAAGAAAAAGAAUAUUUUGACGAACCCGGUAAACCUCACAGUUUCGGAAGCGGUUAUAUAUUCGAAUUUGGAGGAUAGACUAGAUAAAAAUCAAUAGUAUAUACAUAAAAAAUUACUUGUAAAAUGUUUGUUGUGUGGGGAAUGUUUGAUUAAAUUUCAUUA